AUGACUCUCCUAGAUAUGGAUAUCGACCUGAUGGGUGCCCAGCCCGCCCUGUUCAAGCUUUAUACCCAACUCGCCUUCAUCUUUCCGCUGUCGGAGUCGACGUCACACGCCCAGGUUACCUCGAUCGUCACGUCUGGAUUGGAGAAGCUAGCCCAAAGAUUCCCUUGGGUCGCUGGUCAAGUCGUAAACACGAACCCUGAUGAUCCAAAAGCUGCGCCCCAUUAUAAAAUUCAGCCGUAUCAACCGAUACCGCAAUUAAUUGUACGAGAUUAUACUUCCGAUACGGAAAUACCCAGUUUAUCGCAGAUGCGGGAAAGGGAAUUCCCAAUGAAGAUGUUGGGUGAGCAUGUUUGGGCGCCCUGUCCCACUUUGGCUGCCGUUGGGUUUGACCCGAAGAAAUCUUCUGGUAACUCUGAUCAACCUGCUCCGGUGAUGCUCACACAGGUCAGUUUUAUACGCGGUGGGCUGGUGCUCUGUGUCAAUAUGCAACAUAAUGUGUGCGACAUGAUGGGACAGGCGGCGGUGUUGGGCUGGUUGUCCAAGGCAUGUCGAGGCGAACAGUUCACAGAAGAGGAAAUUAAGCUUGGUAACAUGUCGAGAACAGACAUUGUGCCACUUAUCAAGGAUGAUGGCUGGAUGCCUGGACCUGAGCUGCAGAAUCAGCUUUUUCCUUCACUUCCUGCUGUUCUCAAAGAGCCGGAUACUGUGGAGUCCGCAGCACCUAGCAAGUGCACCUGGAUGUACUUUGACUUUCCAGCCUCGUCCUUGGAGUCAUUGAAGGAUGUUGCGAUGGCUACACUUCCCCCAGGCUUCGCCGGCUUUGUAUCGACCGAUGAUGCUCUCUCCGCCUUCAUCUUCUUCUCCAUUCUACACGCAAGACAAUCGCGUCUCCGUCCGGAUGCCUCAGUAACUUUGGCACGGGCUGUGGAUGCCAGACGCUAUCUGAACGUACAUCCCAGCUAUCCUGGCAUACUACAAAACAUGGCAUACACCAGCUACUCUCUAGACUCCCUACUGUCCACUCCCCUAGGCCACAUCGCCGCCAGAAUGCGACAAGCAGUCGACCCCAAGACCUCAAACGUCGCAUACCGAACCCGCUCUCUCGUCACCUUCCUAGCGCAAUCACCAGAUAAUGCGGCCAAAACGAGUCCUACAGCCACCCUCGACAUGAGCGUUGACAUUGCGCUUAGCUCGUGGACUAAAGUUCCCGCUUAUGAGUGGGACUUUGGGUUUGGAUUAGGGCCUCCUGCUUCUGUGAGACGGCCGAGAUUUGUGCCUGUGGAGUCACUCAUGUAUUUGAUGCCCAAGAGUCAACAAGGGAGUAUAGCUGUUGCCAUGUGUUUGCGAGAGGAUGAUUUGACGUGUCUUAUGCGGGACGAGGAGUGGAAAAGGAUGGCUAGGUAUGUCGGUUAA